UACUUGCAGAUACCCUCCGAGCUUUUUGUUUUAUGCCUCAAAUGUCUUUUCCCCCAGCUGUCUAUCUUCAAUCUUUUUCUGCCAAUCCGCAAGUAUCUGUCCGCAAUCCCCAAGUGUCAAUUCCUAAUAUUCGAGUGUCGACCCUCAAAUUUCAAUCCAACAAUCUCUUGUGUCGAUUUUCGAACUUCAAUCCUCGAAUGGUGGACCUUCAUUUGUCGAUCCCUCAAUCCCCAAAUGUCAGUCCGUAGUAUCCUGUAUUCUUUGGCCAAAGUUCCGGACAAGUUCCAAGUUC